ACCGUUGUCCUAGUCAUGCGGUCGUGACACUGUGGGAGGAAUUUGCCCCUUGCUUCGCGGAACUGAUGAAAUAAAUGGUCCACUCAAUCUUCCACAUCUCUCCUCUCUCUUCGACCUUUCUUUUCCUCUUGACGAUUGUCUGGAAAGCUUUUUCGAUGUCCUGCUCCCCCAACCCGGCCACUUAUCUCUAUGUUUGCUCAGGCACUUACAGCUCCUCAUCCGAGAUGCUAUGCGCUUACCCAUACCGGGAGGAUCUGCACCUUCUUCCAGCUCCCCCCCCUCCUCCUCCGCUCUCCUUACCGCGGUGCCGCCUCCGCCUCUUUCCACACGGGUUCGCUGUUAGCUGUUAACAGAAACAAAACCCGCGCCCCCGAUUCCUCGCUCUAGUUCUGCUCCCACCAUCGUCAACCCAUCAUCUUUCUAUUCGGCUUUCAAUUUGGACGACUUUUUCCUAUGUACCUCGGUUUCCGUCGUUCACGAGCAUUGAAUUCUGCAUUUCAAUCAUCUUUCUCUGCUGCCUGCCGCCCCGACCGCAGACGUAUCAAGGCUACGCCUGUAGUUCGAAAGGCCCUCCUCAUCGGAGUCAGUUAUACUUUGGAAGAAUAUAGAUUGAAGCUGGACUACCAAGUGGAGGGUGCCCUCACCGACGUGAAACAAAUAUAUAACAUUCUCACAGGCCCGCUGAAUUUCAAAAAGGAGAACGUUACUGUGCUGACUGAUGGUCCUGAUACUCCCCACCAUCUAUGGCCUACCAAGGCUAACAUUGAAAAAGCGAUCAGUACUUUCGUGAAUGGGACCUCGUCUGGCGAUAUCUGUUUUCUAUUCUACGCUGGGCAUGGCUACCAGAUCUACAACCCCAGUAGCCGGGAAAUGGAUAAGCGUGACGAACACAUUGUGCCGUGUGACGCUGUCGAUCCUGAUGGUGACUUCAUCGAGGGUAAAAUGAUCAUCGACGACCUGCUCAAGAAUAUACUAGUCCUGCCACUCGCAGCCGCGGAUGCGAAGCUUACUGCGGUCUUCGAUUGCUGUCAUAGCGGGACGGUUCUCGAUCUCUCACACUAUCGCUGCAACGAUAUCACAGCCUGGAAGAGGGCUGCUCUCCGUGUAUACAGACACAUCUUCUCAAAUACAUCUGUCAACUUGAGCAUGAUCGUCCCUUGCACACUCAACUCGUUCGCUCCCGGUGUCGCCUCAAACUGGGACCCGUGUCUUACGGACUGCGGCGGCUUUUGUUUACUUCCAAAGCGCAGAGGUUCCGGAUACGUUGUCUGCAUCUCGGCUUGCCAGGACGAGGAAUCUGCUUGGGGCGGUAAGAAAGGAGGGUCGCUAACUAAGGCUUUGGUCCUAGCACUGGGUCACGACCCCCAUCCGACGCUUAAGGACCUGAAUAUAUUCAUUGGGGCUAGAGUCAAAGUCUAUUCCAAUGCGAUAUCAGAGAAUUGGAAGAAGAAGAAGAAGCAGAAGGAGGACAAGGAGGAGUACCCUUCCAAGAUUGCUCAGCAUCCCCAAUUCUCUAGCCUUUGGCCUUUGGACAUGAAGCAGCGUUUUCUGUGUUAAAUUAGGUGAUCAAUUUACGACACGUCGAUCUUCCUUCAUUGCAUCCGUACUUUGCUCAAUUUUAUGUCUUCGAACUGCUUUGCAUUAUCUCCGCUCCGCUUUGUUUCCUCGCUUUGGCUUAUUUUACUUUUCGCGCUUGUUUUCCGAUUUUCGUUUGUCACCUGCUUUCUGCUACUACACGCAUUUUUAGUUGUCCUACUAUUCGUCUCGUUCGCUUGCAUUGUUUGUAUACUUCACGCAUGUUCCAUAAGAUACCCUAUCACGAUCUGAUGUCUUCAAUAUGUAUCCUUAGUCUAUUUACUUAGGACUUAUAGUAUGUUUCUAUGUUGAAUGUUCUCAUCAAUCCAAAUUCUGACUGUAGUAAACGAAGGCGUCUAUUACUGUGACACUGUCUUCUGAGUCCCUGGACAUUCGC